GAAUUGAAAAGUUGGAGAGAAAAAUAAGGGAAAACAAAAAUGACAAAAUAUAAACAUACAAGAUGAAACAUUUUUAAAAUGGUGAUUUUUAUUUUCGUUUUUAAUGAAAACUACCCCCCAAAAAAAGGAAACAAAUGAGGAGAUGCAAAAUAUGUAUUAAAAAAAUGUCCAAGUGUGACUGGGCAACAUAUUAAAAAUAACAUUGGAAAAAUUAUUGGGAGAAAUACAAUUAAGAUUAAAAAAAAAUUAAAAAUACUUAAAAAUCCAAUGGAAGAUAUCUUUGCUGCCUACCACCAUGUUUAACUUAUCUAUUGUCGGAGUCCCCUGGAGGUGAUCUUCAGCUGCCACACACACACACACACUACACGCACCGGGAGGGAGGAGUGACUCCGGGAGGGGCGAGCGAGCGGCUUGAAAAGGCCGACAGAAGUUUGAGGAGCUGCAGAGUGACACCGUAAAGCUGACCGGAAGGUAAGAGCAAUCCCCUCACCAUCACCUUCCAACUUCACCCUUCCACUCGCUAAUAUUUUUCUUUCUUUUCCAAUUCAUGUGUGAGCUUGUCAAUCAUGGAAGCGGAGCAUUUAGGUGGCGGUGACGCCGGGGUCAAACCCGAGCGGGGCAACAGCCGGCGCUAUAGGACUGCCUUGAUUGCGUGUGCGUGUCUCUGCGGGAUUCUGCUGCUUGCACUCAUAGUGGUUUCCCAAAGAAGCAAAGAGCAAGAGUUCUGUCUGACCCCGGAGUGCAUUGAAGCAGCUGGAGCCAUUCUGAGCAAAAUGGACAAAUCGGUGGACCCCUGCGAGGACUUCUACACGUUCUCCUGCGGUGGUUGGCUGGAGAACAAUCCCAUUCCCGAAGACUCGUCCACGUACGGGAUCUACCCGUGGCUUCGCCAGCAGGUGGACAUGCGACUCAAAGACUUACUGGAAGCUCCCGCUGAACCCGACGAGUUGGAGGCGGUGACCAAGGCCAAGAUCCUCUACCGCUCCUGCAUCAACGAGAGUUUACUGGAGGAGGUGGACGCACAGCCCGUGCUGAGGACGCUUCAGCAGCCCGACUUCCGCUGGCCCGUGUUGGGCGAUGGCCUGGGCGGCGACUUCCGCUGGUCGGAGCAGGACUGGAACCUCCUGAGGACGCUGGCCCGCUUGAGGAACCAGCACAGCAAGAGCGUCCUCAUACGGAUCUUCGUCUCGCCCGACGACAAGAACUCCUCCAAAUACAUCAUCAAGCUGGAUCAGGCCUCCUUGUCACUGCCAUCUCGGGAGGACUACAUCGCCAACUCUUCUGCUGCCCAGGCGUACCGUGCGGCCUUGCUGAGCUUGAUGGUGGACACGGCCGUCAUGCUGGGCGCUCCCCAGAAAGCGGCGCGGGUCCAGAUGGAGAAAGCGCUCGACUUUGAGACCAAACUGGCUCACAUCAUAAUUCCCUACGAGAACCGCACGAGCGAGAACAUGUACAACAGAUACACGCUGUUCCGACUGCAACGGCAGUUACCACAAUUGGACUGGUUGUUCUUCGUUAAGUCGGUGGUGGAGUCCGACAGCGACCCAUCUCGCGUCAUCUCGUCCUCGGAACCAGUCAUCGUACGAGCCCCGCAGUACUUCAGGGACCUUGUUAAGCUCAUUAACGCCACAGACCCAAGGACCGUGGCUAACUACGUGCAGUGGAGAGCCGUUUUUUCCAAGCUCACCACCCUCAGCCGCCGUUUCCUGUACAGAUACCUUGACUAUGCGAGAGUGACAACCGGAACCACUUCUCUGACGCCGCGUUGGGACAAGUGCAUCAACUACAUCGAAAACGCGCUGGUCUACGCCACGGGCCGCCUCUUUGUCGACAACUACUUCCAGGAAGAUAAGAAACACAUGAUGGACAAGCUGAUUGACGGCGUUCGCUGGGCCUUCAUCGACAUGUUGCAGAACGAGAACGACUGGAUGGAUGAGGCGACCAAGACGAGAGCCAUCGAAAAGGCUCACGCCGUCCUGGCCAAAGUGGGCUACCCCGAAUUCAUUCGCAACGACACCUACCUCAACGACGACUUGAAGGAGCUGGAUUUCAAUGAGAACGACUACUACGGCAAUGUGCUGCAGACGCUGAAGUUCAUCGCUCAGGCUGACGUGGCCUGGCUUCGAAAGACGGUCCCGCGCACAGAGUGGUUCACCAACCCGACCACGGUCAACGCCUUCUACAGCUCCUCCACCAACCAGAUCAGGUUCCCUGCUGGCGAGCUCCAAAAACCCUUCUUUUGGGGGAAAGAGUAUCCAAGGUCUUUGAGCUACGGCGCCAUCGGCGUGAUCGUCGGACACGAGUUGACGCACGGCUUCGACAACAACGGGCGGAAGUACGACAAGGAUGGCAACCUUGAACAGUGGUGGAGCAACUCGUCGGUGACGUCUUUCACAGACAAGACUCAGUGCAUGGUGGAGCAGUAUAACGACUACUACUGGGAGGAGGCGGGAUUAAAUGUCCGUGGUAAGAGGACGCUAGCAGAGAACAUUGCAGACAACGGUGGAAUAAGACAAGCGUUCAAGGCGUACCGGCGCUGGGUGGAUGAGAGCCGAGGAGGGGUGGAGGAGCCUCUUCUACCCGGCGUGGGACUCGACAACAACCAGCUCUUCUUCCUGAGCUACUCACACGUCCGCUGCAACUCGUACAGAACGGAGGCCGCCAGGGACCAAGUACAAAGCGGUGCGCACAGUCCACCUAAGUACAGGGUGAUCGGAGCGAUGAGUAACUUUCCCGAGUUCAGCAAGGCCUUCAGCUGCUCCGAAUCGUCGGCGAUGAACAGAGGCGCACAAUCCUGCCGGGUGUGGUGACCUUUCACCUCAGCCUGAUCCCCCCAUCCCCCCCCCCCCCCCCCC